AUUUACGAUUUGCUCUGUUAUUCCACAACGAUGAGUGCCCUAGAGUGUUCAGUUAAGAGGAAUGGUGUUGCAGUCAUGGGUGGUGAAGCUGAGAGCAUCUCUACAAAAAAGGCACCGGCACUGUCAGACUCCAAAAACGUAAAGACCCACUCUACUGAAGGACAUUCACAAGAAGAGCCCAAGGCAGUGCUCUUGUCGACGGUGAACGCGCCAACACUUCUGGCCCCAGCUGACCAGCUGUGGAGCACCAGCAGAGACACGGCAGUCCGCCUGAGGAUGGAGGGCUCGGGCCCUGGCUCAGAGACUCCCCUGACCGUCCCUCAGCUGUUCUUGAAGACGGUGGAAAACUACGGGGAUCAUCCCGCCUUGGUUUCUAAAACAGGGGGCCAGUGGGUGACUCUUACCUGGAGGCAAUACUACGAGCAGUGCCGGGCAGCAGCUAAAAGUUUCCUUAAGUUGGGGCUGAAGCGUUACCGUGGUGUGGGGAUUCUGGGAUUCAACUCCCCUGAAUGGUUCAUCUCAGACGUCGGCUGCAUCUUUGCCGGGGGUCUGGCAACUGGAAUUUACACCACCAACUCGCCUGAAGCCUGUCAGUAUGUGGCUGCUAUCUGUGAGGCCAACAUCCUGGUUGUGGAGAAUCAGAAACAGCUCGAAAAAAUCCUGCAGGUUAAAGAUCAACUACCUCAUCUGAAAGCCAUUGUCCAGUAUAAAGGCGAGCUGCAGCAGAAAGCACCAUACCUGUAUACAUGGGCAGAGUUCAUGAAGCUGGGAGAAGACGUGCCUGACGAGCAGCUGAAUGCUGUGAUUGACAGUCUUCGGGCCAACAAGUGCUGUACUCUCAUCUUUACCUCUGGAACAACUGGCAACCCGAAAGGAGUCAUGUUGAGCCAUGACAAUCUUACAUGGACAGUCAGCAGUGCAGCUUCCAUGGUCAAUAUAAAGUACGCUGAGGAGGUGAUGGUCAGUUACCUGCCGCUGAGCCACGUGGCUGCCCAGCUACUUGACAUGUGGAUGUGUAUGUAUUUCGCCAUGACCACCUACUUUGCAGACCCAGACGCCCUCAAGGGCUCCUUAGUAAACACUCUGAAAGAGGCUCGUCCAACUUGUUUCCUGGGGGUUCCUCGUGUGUGGGAGAAGAUGCAGGAGAAGAUGAAAGCUGUCGGUGCAAAGGCCUCCCCAAUGAGGAGGACAGUGGCAGGAUGGGCCAAGUCCAUAGGCCUGCAGUACAACUACAGUGUCAUGAACGGGGAGAAUCAGGUGCCUUGGGGCUUCAUGCUGGCUAAUAAUCUGGUUUUUAAGAAGGUCAGUGAAUCGCUGGGCUUAGACCGCUGCAAGCUCUGCUUCACGGGCGCUGCCCCCAUCACCAAAGAUUCUCUGGAGUACUUCAUGAGCCUGAACAUCCCUUUGCUGGAGUUAUACGGCAUGAGUGAAAGCACCGGCCCACAUACUGUUUCCACUAGAGACAACUACCGCAUCACAAGCUGUGGAAAGGUGAAGCCAGGCAGCAAGACAAAGCUGGAGAACCCAGAUAAGGACGGGAGUGGAGAGAUAUGUUUCUGGGGCCGGCACGUCUUCAUGGGCUACCUGAACAUGCCGGACAAAACAGAAGAGGCGCUCGACCAGGACGGCUGGCUGCACUCUGGAGAUCUGGGAAGACACGACCAGAAUGGCUUCUUGUUCAUCACGGGAAGGAUCAAGGAACUGAUCAUCACCGCCGGUGGAGAGAACAUCCCUCCUGUGCCCAUCGAGGAUGCAGUGAAGGCCGAGGUGCCCAUCAUCGGCAACGCCAUGCUGAUCGGAGACAGGCUGAAGUUCCUCUCCAUGCUGCUCACGCUCAAAUGUGUGGUGGACGACAACGGCGAGCCCACCGACGAGCUGAGCCCUGAGGCUUUGAACUUCUGCCAGCAGAACGACGUCACAGCGACCACGGUGUCAGAGAUCAUAGCCAAUAAGGAGCCAGCUAUCUACAACGCCAUUCAGGAGGGCAUGGAGCGCGUCAACGCCAGAUCAACGUCCAACGCCCAGAAGAUCCAGAAGUGGGUCAUACUGGAGCGAGACUUCUCCAUUGGUGGAGGAGAACUGGGACCCACCAUGAAACUGAAGAGGCCUGUUGUUGUGAAGAUGUACCAGGAGAAAAUAAACGAAUUGUAUGCAGAAAAACAGUAAACUGCACUGCACUGAGAUGAGAUAAUAUUGAAGAGCUCAUGAGAAACUUGGGGCAUGUUUAUGAAUAUUUCAUUGUGCCCAGACGUCAUAUUGAGAAAUAUAUAAAACUAUUUUCACCUGAAUGUUAAAAGUGUAAGAGAGGUUUAAGGGAAAACACAUGUUGAUUCUGAUUGUGUUUUUAAUGGAAUAGAGGUUUGUGCUGCUAUGUUUUAUUAUGCUUCAGUUGUCUGUUCCGAGUCUUUAUUUAAGCUGUUAAAUGUACAUAUGAUUUCACAGCAGCUGUGCACCGUUUGUAAAUGAAACAUCCAAAUCAGAGCCACAUGUUGCCAUUUAUCAUUGACAUACAUUGUAUACAGGUAAAUUGUACGCUUUUUACAGUGUUUCAAGGAAAUAUUGUGAAUUUUGUGUGACCUGGAAGAUGAAACUCUCUUGUCUUGGUCAUAAGCAUACCAGUAUGUAUUUUAUUUUUGAAGCAGCAAUAUCUAUUUAAAGAUGUUACGGUAUUAAUUGCCAGUUUCCAAUCUCAAAUUGUGAGAUAAUCCCCAUCUAGCAAAGCUGUAGACAUUCCUUCACUAAAUGGAGGUGAUGUUUGAAUAUAUAUUUUUUUAUAAUAACAUAUUAAUAUCAAUAAUUUCUUCAAUCACAAGUGCAAAUUGUAAAGCAUACAUUUUAAUUUUGUGCUUCUCCAUGUACAGUUUCCCAAAUAUUGAAAUGUUUAUUUUGAGAUGUU